AUGAAGAGCAUCAGCCGGUGCAGCUGGCGUUUUUACCUUUACUAUGAGGAGCUUCCUCAAGGACAGGAAGGAGUACGAGUAUGUUUGGCCGAAAAUAAUUUCAUCUAUAUGUUAAAGAAGCAGAGCAGCACUAGCAGCAAUACGGAUACUACGAAGUAUGCCCCUGCUAGAGCAGGGCGCAGCUGCAUCUGCAACGGUACUAAACUUACAGCGUAUCUCACGCGGGCACGGUCUUACUAAAUGAACGGAAAAGGUGAUGAUGGUGAUCAACAUGGCGGGGACUGAGGAAGAGCAAAAGUUUAUUUCUGUAUCAAUUUGAAUUCAGUGUCGUCCUCUGCAACAUUGAGUACUAGGUGGCUCACUUCUAUCGCUAGACUUCGUAUGCUCGUCGUGUAUCUGUAUCUACUUUCUCUUACUUCUCCUCUUGUCAGGUUUUCACUGCUGGGCAGGAAAAGUUGACUUCUUCCCGAAGGGUGUUGGAAUUGGAGAAAGAGCUUUGCAACUUCGAGCAAGUGCCUCCUUGUGCUCCUAUAAAGAUAUGUAAGCGGAACUACAGCUAUGUUCUUAUAAUAGAUAGUCUUCAAUGGUGCAUUGAAAGAGUUGGUGGAGGGUAAUUUCACAAUUAAAGCUAGUUUAUUAGUAUCUGCUAGUGCUACUGAUCAAAUCACAACUGUUCUUAUAUAUCAAAGCUGUUCUUAGUUAUGUUUCUCACUCCUAAUAAUUCUUUUUCGUCGCAUCUCAUAGGAAAUCUUGAUAAGUCGUAUUAUUGUAAUGUCAAUUGUUAUUGAGCUGGCUAUGAAUCAUGUCAAUUUUGCUUGUAGAAUUUCGUAGAUGAAGUGUACAACAUACUACAGCGUUAUGGUGUUAAGGAAAAACUAUCAUGUAUAAGAAAAAACUGAACGUGUUAAUUUGGUGCUACCGGCUGCAUUCAUUCUUUCACUCAGUUGAGGUCUCUGCUUUUACUACUGAAACCAGUGCUCCGUGUUCUGAGCAUCGACUCGAUACUAUCAGAGAUGAAAUCUAUGCAGGAAGUAGCACCUCCAGAAGACGAGAACAAACCGAUCAAGAGGAAUCGCGGUUGGUGUUGUAGAAAGAGAAUCGUGAAUGUUGUUCGACUGG